GUCAUAAACCCUAAUUGGGUACCUCUCGGAAGACGAAGAGCGUCGCCAUGGAAGCGGAGAAAUCCGCCAAGAAGUCCCGCACCUCGAACAAGCCCAGAGGCCCCGCCUUCGCCCUUAAGAAGAUAGUGCAUGACCUACAGCACGCGCCUGGCCUCGUCGGUGGUAUCGUCGAGAAGGGCUUCCCCCCCACCGGCGAGGGCAGCAGCAAGCCCUACGCUGUUCCCCUUCCCCGUCUCACCGUCCUCCCCUUUCCCGUCGCUCGCCAACGCUCCCAUGGUCCGCACUGGGCGCCAGUCGGCUCUGCGAGUGUUGACGCUGAGGAGGAUGACAUGGAGGAAGACAAGGAUGAGACCGAUUACGACCCCAUCGCGUCAUUUGCAGACCCUAUCGAGAGGAAGAAGAAGGAAUCCCUCGACUUUAGCAGGUGGAAGGAAUUUGUUCCGCAGGAUGAUGCUUCUGUACCACAAUCCACGAAGGAAGCAAAAGCUGACGCUGGAAAAGUAAUUCAGGUGAAGAAGAGCAGUGCUGCUAUAAGUGAAGGAAAGAAGGAAGCUAUCCCUAGGACUUCUUCACCAAAUGUUGAUAUGCUGGACAGUGAGGAGAUGACACUGAGGGAUUUGAUGAACAGAAACUUUUCAGCAGCGAUCACCACAACGAUUGAACCAAAGUCUAUCAUGGGGAAGUUACAGUCUGAUGCACCAAGAGACAGUGAUUUGGAUUCCUCCUGUGCUGUAAAUGACGUCCCUGCAAGGCCUGGGCAAAAUCAUGUUAUUAACAAUGUAGAUAUGACCGAGGCCAACAAUCAAGGGUCUUCCUCUCUCAUGGAUGACAUAGACGCUGAGAAUCUGUCCCGGCUAAAGCAGAUGUCAGAGGAAGAUAUAGCAGAGGCACGAGCUGAGAUAAUGGAGAAGAUGGAUCCUGCUUUAGUAGAGAUGCUGAGGAAGCAUGGACAGAAAAAGUUGAGGAGCAGGAAUGAUAUUGAGCAUGAACAGAAUAAGGGACAACAGGUGCUGGUGAGUACCAAGCUGGCUGAAAGUGGAAAGAGUACAAAGCCUAUAUCAAAUAAUAGCUCAUGGGAGGCUUGGAGUGAGAGAGUUGAGAAGGUUAGGUCGUUAAGGUUUUCACUGGAUGGCAAUGUUUUGGAAAUUGAUUCUGCUCAGCACAUUCUUAGUGGUAUUUUCUCUUCCCUUUGUAGCAUAAAUUAUUGCCAAAUGACCUGACUUGGUAUCAAUGAUUUUGUCUUCCAGUGUGCAAAGUCAUGGUUUUUUUGGUUAUCCGGCGAAUGAUAACAAUAUGU